UCGUUUUCUGUACUGCUCGGAUACUAGAUUUGGCCAGUGAACACGUGUUGGAACUUGGAGUGGAUGGAUAGUCAAUUCUAAUUAAGUCACCUUUUUUAAAAGUAUUAUUCAAGAUUUGAAGGAAGAAUUUAAAUGUGUAUAUAUAUCGACAAUUUAAAAUCAAUCAAGUCCAAAUAUUUACCAUUUGACCGCCUUACACUAUUUCGUUUUGUGCCACAAUGAAGUACAUCCUGGUCACUGGUGGUGUCAUCUCAGGCAUCGGGAAAGGCAUCAUAGCCUCCAGUGUGGGAACCAUCCUCAAGUCAUGUGGUCUGCGUGUCACCGCCAUCAAGAUUGACCCCUACAUCAACAUAGAUGCAGGGACCUUCUCUCCGUACGAGCAUGGUGAGGUGUUUGUGCUGGACGAUGGGGGUGAGGUGGAUCUGGACCUGGGGAACUACGAGAGGUUCCUGGACAUCAGACUGACCAAAGACAACAACCUGACCACCGGCAAAAUCUACCAGUCUGUCAUCAACAAGGAGAGGAACGGAGACUACCUGGGAAAGACCGUACAGGUGGUGCCCCACAUCACUGAUGCGAUCCAGGAGUGGGUGAUGCGUCAGGCCAGAGUACCUGUUGAUGAUGAUGGUGUGGAGCCUCAGAUCUGUGUCAUCGAGCUAGGGGGCACUGUGGGAGACAUCGAGAGCAUGCCUUUCAUCGAAGCCUUCAGGCAGUUCCAGUUCAAGGUGAAGAGGGAGAACUUCUGUAACAUCCACGUCAGCCUGGUCCCACAGCCCAGUGCCACAGGAGAGCAGAAGACCAAACCCACUCAGAACAGUGUCAGAGAGCUCAGAGGACUCGGCCUGUCUCCUGAUCUGAUCAUGUGUCGCUGCUCCACUUCCCUGGAGAACUCUGUUAAAGAGAAGAUCUCCAUGUUCUGUCAUGUAGAACCUGAACAGGUGAUCUGCGUGGCAGAUGUGUCGUCCAUCUACAGAGUGCCUCUGCUACUGGAGAACCAGGGGGUGGUGGGCUACUUCUGUCAGAGAUUAGACCUUCCUAUAGAGACACGCCCCAGGAAGAUGCUCACUAAGUGGAAGGAGAUGUCUGACAGGUCAGACAGGCUCCUAGAGCAGUGUUCUAUAGCCCUGGUGGGGAAAUACACCAAGUUCACAGACUCCUACGCGUCAGUCAUCAAAGCGCUAGAACACUCGGCCUUAGCCAUCUGCCACAAACUGGAUAUCAAGUAUAUUGACUCAGCAGACCUGGAGCCAAACACACUGAAGGAGGAGCCUGUGAAGUAUCAUGAGGCGUGGCAAAAACUCUGCAGUGCUGAUGGCAUCCUGGUACCUGGAGGGUUUGGAGUCAGAGGGACAGAGGGGAAGAUCCACGCCAUCAACUGGGCACGCAAACAGAAGAAACCCUUCCUAGGUGUGUGUCUAGGGAUGCAGCUGGCUGUGUGUGAAUUUGCCAGGAAUGUGCUAGAAUGGGAAGAUGCCAACUCUACAGAGUUUCAUCCUGAAUCAAAGCAUCCUGUUGUGAUUGACAUGCCAGAACACAAUCCUGGGCAGAUGGGUGGGACCAUGAGGCUGGGAAAGAGACGGACCAUUUUCAAGACCACCAACAGUAUACUAAGAAGACUUUACGGGGAUGCAGAGUACGUGGAUGAGAGACACCGACAUCGCUUUGAGGUGAACCCAGAACUGAAGGAUCACUUUGAGGGGAAAGGCUUUCACUUCGUGGGUCAAGACGUAGAAGGCGAGCGAAUGGAAGUCAUUGAGUUAGACGAUCAUCCGUAUUUUGUAGGAGUGCAGUAUCAUCCCGAGUUCACCUCUCGCCCCAUCAAACCAUCGCCUCCCUACUUUGGCCUCCUGCUGGCAUCAGCCGGGAAACUACAGAGCUACCUACAGAAGGGCUGCUGUCUGUCUCCACGUUUGAAUACCAUCUCUGUAGGGACACAUACAGUGAUCAGAGCGGCAGCAGCACCCCAGACUCAGACAUAGUUGAGUCCUCCAUCUCACAGGAAUGUGUGACUGAGGGCAAGGAACAAUGAAGUGUUGAAAAAGGAAAUCCCUUUCUAAACGGAGGAUUAAGACAUUUUUCCUGACAACAGGCCGUCAAAUGGAACUGACAUUUUGGGUCAAACAUGCCUCAAAUGCAGUACUGAAGAUGUGACUUUCUUUACCCAGGAUAACUCCCUCGAUGAAACCAAUGGGUGGGGAGCAUCUCAUUACACUUAAGGAGCCCCCCCCCCCAAUAUUUGACAAGAAAUUGUCUGUACAUUGCAGGGUUAAUUCAUCUUUAUUGCAGUGAAUGGGCUUUACAAGUGGAGAGGAAAGUUUCUUUCCAUCACUCAACCUGGCUCAUGGGAUGUGAUGAGCUUAUAGCACAAAUAAGUCUUAGCUUCACUCAUUGGAAGGAAGUGGGCCUUAUCCAUUUUUCGAGCAGCAGCUCGUCAGUGGAAUUCCCACGUCAAUGUGAUUGUAUGACAGACCUGAGAAUAAAGUAAUGUUUUAGUG